GAGGUGGGGCUUUUUGCUGAGAACUUAUUCCUCCCUCUUUUUGCACAAAGCCCAGUGUGCACGGUCUCAUCCACGCUGGGACGCGCAGCCUCUUCCCACGUUUGAAACCUGAGCCCAAUUGCAUGCAACCUGCGUGUAGACGUUCGUGGACGUGUUUCUUUUUUGUUGUUGUUGUUGUUGUGGCCUCCCUCUUUUGCUGAGGGCGAGGACGUUGCUCCACUGUGGCUGCCUGCUUCCAGCAAAUAGUCGGACCCCCAGUGUCACAAGUAAGGGGAGCCAAAGAGACGGAGUGGUCUUGGAGAGUCGGGGCGCCAUCAUGAGCAUGCAAACGGUCAACCUGGACACCUACAGCCUCUCUCUGCUCACGGCCAAGGAGGACAUCCUCAACCAGCGCUCCUCCACCAACUGGGCAUUAUUUGUAUACGAAGGACUGACAAACAAGCUGAAACUAGCUGACUCGGGAGUGGGCGGUGUUACAGAGUUGGUCAGCAAGUUCCAUGCAUCCAAGCCACAAUAUGGACUGUGCAGACUGGGAAGUGGAGACACAGGUGGUCCCCGCAUUGUCAUGAUUGCAUGGGUCGGUGAACAUGUGGAAGAAUUCCGCAGGACGGAAUGCGCCGGACACGUCCCCGCCAUCAAACACUUCUUCAAGGAGGCGCACGCUUUCAUUAGUGCGCACAAAGCGGAGGACGUGACAGAGGAGGGGAUAAGAGCUGAGCUCAGCAAGACCCACGCUCCACCUCAGUGGGCCAAGAAGAGCUCCUCCAGGUCCUCAGAGAGGGAGGACAUUGUUGGUACAAACUACAGAAAGACGAACGCUGCAAUGGAGAUGAGACUCAUAAACAGAGAUUCCUUCUGGGCACGUGCAGAGCGAGAGGAAGAACAGAGGAAGGAAGAGGAAAGGAGACGAGCCGCAGAGGAGAGAAGGCGGCUUGAGAGAGAACGAGUUAUGAAGGAACGAAAGGAUACGGAAGAGAGAGAUCGGAAAAUGAACGAGAAACUACGGAUGAUUGAGGAGCAAAGACAGAAGCAAGCGGAACAAGAGGAAGAACUGCGCAGAAAGGAGAAAUUUAGAUGGGACCAGGAGAAGAGGGAGCAUGAGGAGGACAUGAGGGCUCGUCUAAGAAGGAGCGAGUCCAUAGAGAUGGCGGCAGAGGCAGCAGUGUUAGUGUCCCAGCGCUCCAUGAACCCCCGGGAGUUCUUCAGGCAGCUGUCGUCGACGUCGUCGCAAAGUCCGACCAGCCCUGGAUCAUCUCGUUCUGGUAAACCGUUCAGACGAUACCAACGCAGCCUGACCGACACCGCCUUCAUCUUCUCAAGAGCGGAGGACAGCACGCCAUCGUCCCCUCGCAGCUCUCCCCUCGUGUCCCCCUUCUUACGGGCCCCUCCCUCCCCCAUCGGCGCCACAUCUCCCCCAACCAGCCCCGUGUUACGCCCUCUCACCUCUCCUUCCGCCACCAAAGCGCCCGUUUCGACGCCCACGUCCCCUAUCCGUGACACCCCUCCAACUUCAGCCACGCCUGUCAUUCCCCCGCCAAACCCGCAGCCCAUAGUUGAGACCAAAGCUCCAUCACCUACAGAACCUUCUCCACCGCCAGUCUCCUUUAAUCCGGAAGUUUGCUCAUUCUUGGAUACAUUUAAUACCCUAGAGUCACACCCCGGGGUUCUACCACCCUCACCCCCAAACACACCCACCGAGCCAGAGCUCUCAACUUUUUGCUUCGAGGGUCCGCCUCCGCAGCCUCCAACAUCGCCUCUUCCUGAGGUACCACAGUCUGACACUGACCUCCAUACUGCCUUCCUGGUGCACACUGACCUGCUCUCGGAUACUGGCUACAAAGCACAAGCUGUACUGCUCGAAGAAGAUGAGGAAGAAGAAGAAGAAGAAGAAGAAGAAGCUGAAGAAGAAGAGGUGGAGGUGUACGAGGUACAGGAGGAGGAGGAUGAAGAACAGCAACAACUGUGUGCCUCCCCUGAAGAAGCAGUCCAGACUGAGGCCCAGGAGCAUCUGCAGGAGGAUAAAGAACAGGAAUCAGAGCAGGAAGUCGAGCUUAUAUCUCCAGUGGACGCAAGUAAGGAAGUCCAGGAGGAGGACGAAGAGGAGGACACUGAAUAUAAGGAGCAGGAUGAGCAAGUGGAAGACAAUCAAACCACAGAUGAACCUGUUGAGACUUCUGAAAAAGCCGAGGAGUCACAUCCGACAGAUGACGAACACAUCUGUCAGACAAUCAAGCUGGAGGCGGUGGUCCUACCAACCAACGGGCUCACAAACGGCGAACAACAAGAUCACAAUGGCAUCGCGAGAUCUCUGAGCCCGUCUGAUGCUGAAAUCAGUUCGCCAGAGUUGAGUGGAUACUACGACCUCCAUAACGCUGUCGAGAGCGAUGAUGCCGUUGAAGAGAAGGAGAUCUCCGAAAAUGGACAAGAGGUUCUACCUGAGCGACCAAUGUGCGUGCGAGCGCUGUACGACUACCAAGCAGAGGACGAAUCCGAGAUCUCCUUUGAACCGGGCGAUAUCAUCCGCGACGUGGAAACGGUGGACAAAGCCUGGUGGAGGGGGUGGAGCAAAGAUGGCCGCCAAGGAUUGUUCCCCGCCAAUUACGUGGAGACCAUAUAACACACAUUCACACUCAUAUUCACACUCUCAGGGGCGCCAUCAUCCCUCACAGUUUAACCUUCUUCUACCCACUCAAUCUUUGUGCUUUCCACACAAGUAGGAAGAAAAAUAUGAUUGUAUUUUGAUGUUCUUUUGAUUAAAAAAAAAAAGAAGAAGAAACUAGGCGAUAUUACACACAUUUUAAAAGGAGUUUUUUCUUGGACCAAAAUAACUUAUUUCCUGUGGAGUUCCUGAAAGAAUGUCGGUGGGCGGGAUCACAUCGCAAUGAUCACAAACCUGCUCUGCUUGUAAGAAUAUACCUUUUUGUCAUCCAAACAUUUAAUAAGCAUCCCCUCCUCCUCCUCCUCCAUACAACAACUUCCUUUACUGCUAUAAUCAAGUAUAAUCAAGAUGUACACCUCAACUUAUAAUCAUCUCCCCUGACUUUGCUGAGAUAUUUUGCAGCUCUAUAUUUGCCCCUGACAGCCUUUCAACAUAUCUUGAUUAGCCGCUAACAAAGACAACAGAUAAAUAAUUAAAUAAAUAAAAAAAACAAGCAGCGUUGAAAGGCUGUGUGUUUUCCCGCAGCGCUCUUUGGAACUACACUACCCUGUUUUGUUGUCAUGGCGAUGUCUAGACUUGCGUCCUUUCAUUUAAGUUGUCUUAUUUUCAACCUGGAGUUUCAUUAAAUCUUGCAAAUAUUAUACAAAGAAAAAACAUUUGUAAUCAGCUAAAGUAUCCUAAUCACACACUGUAUAUAAACAUGUAUUAUUUCAUGUGUAAUGUAUGUUUUAUUGUUGUUUGCUUUGUAUUUACUCCAGACUUACAAAGGUAGAGCAUCUGCAAGAAAGUUUAUUAAAAAUGUUUCUCUCCUAAA